UGCAUGUAUAUUUCUACUCCGUCGUCUGCAUUAAAGAGCAAGUGACAGCUCGAGCUAUAUUGUUGACAUUCGUACGUGAAUUACAGCCGCCGCGUCGUUUGUAGAUAAAAAUUAUUUUUGAAAUUGAUUCGAGUCGCGACACGAGUACAAAUUUCGCGUGGAUUUCGUUCGCGUCGCUUGCAUUGUGGAUCGCGUCCAACGGCUUGGAAUUAAAUCGUAAUCAGUGCUGUGGAAAUGUAACGCGUAGGAUAGAUUUGAAACGGGCGACGAAGAUUAAAUGGUUGAAGUGUUAUCUAUAAAGCUUCCGGUUAUCCCGUAUCGAUUGGCAUCGUCUAGCGGUUCUAACGAUGACUGGUUAUCGGAAAACUCUGUUCAAGCAUCGCCGUAAACGCCAGUAGAUUCUCAACGAAGGGCGAUGAAGUGCGUGCGGAUAAGUGAAUCAAUCCGUAUGGUAUUUUCCGCGCAGUUACCGCGGCGUCGAAACAAUUUCAAUUGACAAUCGUUUCUCUAAUGGUCUCUCAUGGUGAAUCGAUCGAAUUGUCUCGGGGAUUGUUUAUCGUAUCGACUAGCUUCACGCAGAUCGUGACGAUGUAACACUUUUUUAUACGUAUUCGAUCCGUCGCCUGUCGAGUGUGGUCGAUUGAUAAUCGAUAGAAUCGUGGCUAAAGUGGUGAAAUAAGAAAAAGACGGUAUGACCUGUGGCGGUGGCGAGAUCUCGUUAAAAAUAUCGGCCGGGGAGGAGGAGGCAUGGAAACUGAAGCUGGCAGCCAGUCUCAUCAUCACCAGGGGCUGCAGCUUACCCUGCCAUCCCCGGGAAUCCCAGGACUCGACGUCGUGAGAGCUUUACAUCAGACUGUGAUAUCGUUGCGGUCCGCGCUGGAUUCCUCGCGCGAGGAGCUGCGCCGUCUUAAGGAGACCGUCGGUGAGUUUUCUGGUUCCAGUUACGUGGACGUCGUCGAGAGGCUCGCCCUUGAGAAUCACGUCCUUAGGCGAAGGAUCCUAAGCAGGAACAGUGAGUUUUCUAGUGAUGCUGCAACCAGCCCGCCGCCCGAGGCCGGCCUUUUCGCAGUAGAAGACGUCAAACAUCUGUCAGAGGAAGCAGCCACACUCAUGGACGCGUCCAAGGAUAAAGUCGACGCGGAGAACGCGGAGGAACCCAAGAGUCCCGAUUCCGAAAGUAAGAAGGAAGGUCAGGCGGUUAAACCGGAGUCCAGGGACGACAAGGCGAAGGAUACUGAAGAGGAGGAGGCAAAGUUAGAUCAUUUAGAAGUACCAGAGAAGGACUUCGAGGACCUCAGCUUGAAAUCCGACGGUGACAACUCGGUGUUCAGCGACAACCCGGACGCCCAGCUGCAACAGCAGCAGCGGAAGAACCAGAUUGAGCAAUCGAAACCAAACGAUCAGUCCGAGAACGAUUCUGAAGAGCUCGACGACAUCGAGUUGAUAUUCACGACGGACGAAACGUGUCGCGACCUCGGCCUCCAGGAAGACCUCGUCUCCAUAACAGAAACCGAGUCCUGGCAACAGCCUGCCACGCCCGCCGGUCAGAUGCAGUUGAAAUACACCAAGUCUCCAGAGGGCGAACCGUUGGUCUGCAACGGUGAGAAGACCAGCUCCGUCGAGGAGGCCGCUUCCUCUCAGAGCUCGAGCAUCGACCGCGAGGAGAGCGUCGACAGAUUCGACGAGAGCUCCAACACCAGGUUGAACAAAAUGUGGUCCCAGUGCUCGGUCCUCGUUGAAACAGACAUCAGUAAAUGUGGCGUCGUCGAGGAACCAGAUCCAAACACCAUCAGGCAGGCCGUCAGGAGGAACACUCUCGCCGCCCCACCCUCCACCUACAGACCUAUCAUUCACCGCGAGGCUUUGGUGGGCAGUCGGCGAAAGAGCGCGGCGCCUUUGAGGCCGGUGAUGGACAGGAUCACCGGUGCUAGGCGAGAGUCUGGAGUGCAGACCGACAUUUCUGCACUUCCGGCGCACUGGCGCUCGGAGAGCUACCUCGCGCAUAAAGUGGCUCAUACGUUCACCACGUUGCCCAGUAAAUUCGCUCUGCCGACCGGAGUCCCUGGCAGGCUUCGGCUGUCGGACAAAACCCGCGAGGCGAGGAGAGUAAUGCUGUCGGACAUCAGUUUUACCAGCAUGGUCCCGGAACUGUCCAGAAGCGCCGAUCAUCUCUGCCACGAUCCGCAUUCACAGACUUGUUUCAGUUCUCGCGGCUGCGGUCUUCGUACGCCGGACGUUCAUCGACGCGAGUCUCUGGGCUCUCCAGGUGGAUUAUGGCCACGUUGCAACCCCGGGACGGGACUGCCGAGUCCCUGCGAUUGUCGAUUAUCCACCGAUUUCUAUUCCUCCAGAUAUCGCGGCUCCUUGUCCUCGAUACCGUCUCCAGGUCUCGAGGUCAUGGGCGGCCCGUCGCGCAGGCACUCCUGGAGAGCAACUGCGACGUCGUUCGACACCUGGCGAGUUCCAGUGGCCACGUCUACCCCGAGACCCACCUGGUCUUCAAUGCCAUCCUCCCCUACUCAUGUAAACCCUCCUACCGCGCCUUCGAAGGCCUCCAGGAACGUCCCGAAGCGAACGCGCUCGAAAGUCACUUUCCAGGAAUGCCCGAUGACCCGAGGCAGUCUGCCGAACCUGCGCUCGGAUUUGGUAGCCGGGGACAACAGUGGCGAUUCGACGGAGUCGUUGAUCGACGAGGCGGAGGAUUACCUGCGACGCAGCAUCGACUCCAUGCUGACGAUGUCCAGUAGCGAUUAUUGGAACAGACAGACGGCCAGGCGGAGACGUACGCGGAGAUAUUCAGAACCUGACCUCAUCCGCGACUGGCAUCCACCUCAGGACGCCAGACCCUACCUGCCAAAGAUACCAAGGGAUCUCAAGCUGGAUCACCUCGUGAAGGUAAUUUCGCCGGAGGGUAAAGUUCUCCAAGGUCGAGUCAGAUACGUGGGACCUGUGCCGGGUCGCGAGGAGACCCACGUUGGUGUGGAAUUGCCCUACUUGAACGGUUCGUCCGAUGGCACUUUCCAUGGCAGGAGAUUCUUCGACUGCGAGCCGGACCGAGCGAUCUUCGUGCCGUUCAAGAAAGUGAUACUGGCUUGGUGCACCACUUGACCCGAGCCGCCGAGCAACCUGGCGACUCCCCGAAUUCUGUUGUCUCAGUACACGAUGUGAAAAAACCGGUGAGACGAGGUGGUCCACCGCGAACAGGUACGUGAUACUUAUUUUCACCGUGAGUAUUAAAGUAGGAUGGAGGGAGCAAUUCUGAGAGUGCAGAAGUUCCCAUGAUACUCGCAGCGUUCUUUGCAAUUAAAAAACGAAUUCGUGUCUAUCUACAGAAUUAAUUCUCAUCUGUAUUGGCGAUUUGCAAAGAAUAAUUGGAUGUGCGUUUAUCGAUGUGAAUAGAACCAGCGUACCUUAGGAUUAUCUAAGCGAUUUCUGUCGGAGAAAAUCGGUAAAUCAGUAUUAUUAUCGUGCAAACUCGUUUGUACCUGUAAGCGAAUGGGAGGAAGAAGGAGUGCACAAAACGGGGUUGAAUACCCACGAAGGGAGAAGAGGACGAGCGUCACCGUUGCUCUCCAGUCGCCGCGAACGAUCGCUAUUGUCAUUCAUGAAUAUUUUCAUUUGUUCACUGCGGAUUUUUAAACGUCCUUCUUAUUCCCUCUAUUUGCGUAUCGGAGCUCCCUCGUUAAAGUCUCUACAGUCUAUUUAUAACGCGUGGGAUAAUGUAUUCGGGAAGUUAGAUUUUAUACAAGGAUGUAUACUCUAUUUUUCUAACUUUUUCACAAAACUGAUAUACUUUUCACGGUGUGGGUGUUUCUUAUCGAACCCAGGUCGUUCGAUGGAAUAACUUGCACUUCACCUUCUGCAUCCGAUCGAUACGCAAGUGAUUCUUAACUACUUUUAGAAUAAUACUUGAUUUUCUCAUUGGGAAUAAUUAUUUCAUUAAACUCGGAUUAACAUCCGAUGCUUUUUAUAAUUAAAAUAGAUACUCCGGUUUCUUGUUCCGACCUUGUAACAUCAGAGUUAGAACAGGAGCAGCACGACACCGUGAACGACGCGUUGCCGGAGUGACAAUAUCGAUUGUUCGCUGCGACUCGGAACACGCAAAGUGAUAACGCCUCGGUGGUGAUAAUCAAAACUGUCAGCGUAUAUGUAUAUUCGAGAUCGGUUCAAGGAUACCGCGUGGAUUCCUGAGCUAAGAAAAAUUCUGCAUAAUAUACAGGCUGUCCGAAAACUAGUGUAAGAUAUUGAAAUGCGAGGUUCCUCACGUGAUUUCAAUAUCUUACACUAGUUUUGAGAAACCCUGUAUAUAUCUAUAUAUAUAUAUAUGUAUGUAUAUUUUAAAGAAUGAAAUGAAGGGGGAUGUGGAAGACAGGAGGAGGAGCAAGGAGUUGUGAAAUAUUUAAGAGGCUAUACGCGACACUGUACAAUUCGAGCUGUGUAUAUCUUAAUUGCUGUGCAUCCUACGGAGGAAUAUUAUUAUAUAUUUAAACGCGUGUCCGUGUCCGUGUUCUGUAUCUCUGUGCUACGUGUAAACGGCAUACGUUCUAUGGGAAAUCACAUUAACAUUAACUAAAGGGAUAUUCUAGUUGUUAGAGUUUUAAUCGAGUCUUCGUCUUAAGGGUAAAGUUAAAAGUGUUUAAGAAUCGAGUGACGGGUUCUCCGAAUAUUCUUCGCAACCAUUCGUUCUUCAGACAAUUUUCAUUGACCGAUGGGUGCUAGAAACGUUUCUCGACGAUCCGUAGUUGAAACGGAGUGACUGUCAAUAGGAUUUUGUAUGAGUUUUUCGUACGUUCGUCUCUAUCGCUUAUGCCAAAUAAUUUUUUAAAAGGAGGGACAGAGGUUCGCGGCGCGAACGUUCUUUUCUUCUACCAGUUUUUCUAUUCGAUUUUCCAAUCCCGCUUGCUUGCGACGUUAGAGGGACAAAGCCAGCCGGAGGAUAUAAAAGUUAUUUUUCUAUCGUUGCAUAUUCAUAGACCAACUGUUGAGACUGUACACCGUCGAUCGUCAUAAUUCCGAGGUAAUAAUGCUAGCGUGAAUCAAGGACGGACACAUCUGUCAUUAGCGUCUCGAUUCCCAGGUAAAGUCCGCAGUUACUCAACAGAACCGCAUUUACCGUAGAGAGGACAACUUCAUUUCGAACGCUCCUUAAGAGGUUAUAUCGGUGCUUUGGAAAUUUCGUUGAAAAAAAGUAUUCUAUAGAAUGUUUCUAAACUUUAGGGACGUACUUGCAUGUAGAAUUGUAUAAAAUAAAAAUUAUGAAAUGCGAGCAUCCAUUUGAACAACUAAUCACGGACGCUUGCAUUCGUUGGCCAUUUUAGAUUUCUAACCAAUCACGCUUCAUAUUAAAACAGAGUGAAUUUAAAAAUCGUAAACAUGUCAAAAAUUAAGUUCUCGGGAUAAUAUAUAUGCUUUAAAAGUGUCGCACUGGUACAGCCCCUUGAAGCCAGGAACGAACCGAGUUCAGGCGGUAGCGUUAUCAUCCGCGUUAUUAUCACGAGGUAAAAACCGGUGCAAUUAAUUCCGCUCAAUCUUCUCGCGAAACACCUGCCACGGGGCACACGGUUCUAACGUCCGGCAACUUCGCCGACGCUAAUCCUCCUCUCUCGCGUGACUGCGGAUAAGUUUAGUUACGUUGUAUUUCCGAGACGAUACCAUCUACUCGUACGUAAUAUCCCGGAAAACUACGCGAGAAGUUUUUUCAUCGAGAAAACGAAUUCGCUGAUUUUUGUAAAAGUUUCUUUCGUUCCCGCGGUUUUCGAACACGUGCGAGUCUACUGCCAUUUAAAUAUGACGUUUUAAGUACAUUCGAGAUACUUUUAUCAAGCAAAACUUCUAAUCGUGUGAAAAAUUAAGUUCUCGGAGUUUUUACAUCAUUUGAACAUUGAAAUAGAAUUCGAUUGAUCUCGAACGAAGUUCUCUCGGUAAAUGCCGGUUCUCUGAGAAACCUGGUUCACUGUUUCGAGUGCAUUGCGUAAGGAGUGUGAAUCGAAGCGAGAAGAUGACAGAGCGCAACGUUGAUCGGUGUUAAUUACCGUAAUUUACGUUUAAGUGUUUCGAUGUGACGCCGUUGGGCAGUGUAUGAAACGUUUGAUUCGACUCGAUUAAAUAUUUAUUAUCCUCUUCACGCUGGACAGCCCCAUAUAACCUUUAAAGAGGAAUAAGAAAUAAGGUACGUUUGUUAUAAUGAAUCAGGAAACGUUUUUCCUACUUUUCAUAUAAAGUUGAACGUGAGUCCAUAAAGUUUAUGAAUAAAACUUUCCAGAGUUUGACGAAUUAUAUAUUAGCUACGUUGAAAGGACCGCGGAUUUUUAUCGAGGUUAGGAUUUAUUUAAAAACCGUUUCAUAAUUUUUGCAGAAAAACUCUGCGGUCCGAAAUUUUUCUAUCGACUAGCGAAUUGUACAGAUCGUUGAAGAGAAAUUCCAAAGAAUCUGCUUUAAGAGACUAAUCUAUAAUUCUUGCGGUGCUCCUAAGUUCCUGAGACGUUUUUCCUAAAGAGAGGCACGGUUUGCGUGUUUGUCGAAUUUGUCGAACGAGCGUGAAAAGAGCGAGGCGAAGAUCGAGAGCAGGUAAAGAAAGAGCGUGACGAGGAUAAUAACCGAGCGUGACGAUCGAUCCUAUCGUUUAUCAACGAUUUGCUGGGAUGUGCCGCGUUUACGUAGCUACUUAAGUGGAUACGUGAAAUUCGUCGGCUCGUUAAAUCGAAUGAUGCUCGCCUCGACGAGAUUGUUAUCGUUGUACCUAAAGAAAAAUCAUGGACACACUACAGAUAUUAACGUAACAGAUAAAGAGACACAUUCUGUCGUUCUCUCACUAUUUAUUGUAUUGUAACGAUAGGUAUGAGCAUAUACCGGAAAAUAAAAACUAUUAUUACUCUAAA